CAGCCUGUUUUAUCUCAACUGCAAGCAAACGGAAGCCAGCCGUUCAUUGACGCCAACGCAUGCGGUUCGUAAUUGUCUCGUGUGCAUCAAGUCAAAGAGUUUUCGUUCACCUGCAAUUGAGAACGCUUUUGAAGAAUGGCUUACAGAGGUCAAGGACAGAAGGUUCAGAAGGUUAUGGUUCAGCCAAUUAACCUAAUCUUCAGAUACCUCCAGAACCGCUCAAGGAUCCAGGUGUGGUUGUAUGAACAGGUCAACAUCAGAAUAGAAGGCUGCAUCAUUGGCUUUGAUGAGUACAUGAACUUGGUUCUUGAGGAUUCCGAGGAAGUCCACAUGAAGACAAGGAACAGGAAGCCACUGGGCUUUACCACACGAUUCCUGGUGAAUGAUACAAUGGGACGCUCUCAGCUCACCUGUGGCAUUUAUCCAGGGUUUCCAGCUACCUCCAUGAACAUGUACUCUGACUCCUACCUUGUUUGAAACCGCCGGUUCUCAGUGUCCACAUUCUGUUUUGGCAUUUUUGAUGGGUAUCUGAAAGUUAACUUUACUGUUAUGCUAACGACUGCUAUGCUAAUAAAUAUUCAAAUGAAGCACCCUAGUGCUCAGUGUGUCACUGUUGCAUUAUGUGAAAAGUAGUAUUUGUACGUAUAAACGAUCUGUGGGCUGCCACCUUGGGUUUAGAAAAUAUCCGGCCCGCGGGUACUUUACACCAUGUUAAACCGCCGAUUUGGCUGUUGCGUGUGAUGCUUGGAGUUCAAGAGCAACUGACCUAACGUACGUAAAUGUCUAAUUAGUUCUAAUGACUAGGAAUUGGUGUCAAAUGUUGAAGCCAUACAGGGAGCAAUAUAGCCAAUGUAUGGAGAGAGGCAAUAAAUAGGUUUUGACAAAGAAAGUCAUCACAAUGUAAACUUCUUUUGGUUACACGUGAAAUUUAAUUAUUCCUCACUGCUUUGUGACUGCCAUCAAAUGGUAGCUUACAUACAACCUAAAACAUGUGUUAGCAUGCAUGCUAACAGUAUAACCAGUAUGUUUAAGUACUUUAUUGGACAAUUCAGAUGUUUGCAAAUGUUGGAAUUCAGUGCACAUAAGGUGCACCACAUUGUAAGGCACCGUGUCUAAUAUGUCGCGUAAUUUAUUUAGAAGAAAAUUUAAGACCUCGAAGAUUGUGAAAAUACGGUACAUUAAAAAAAAAAAAAAAAAAAACGUAUAGAGAGCAAAAUCCUUGAAUAUGCGGGCCCGCAAACGCUGAAGUGCGAAAUGGGUAAGGGCACACUGUAUUCACAAUAUUAGAAUGAAGUCUUUCAUGUUGGUCUUGUCUCGGUAUAAAAUAAUGAGCCUUUUUGCUCAAAUUUUAGUUUUGGGCCAUUUAUACCAGGCCUCGCAGCAUAGCCAGCUGGGCUGUAACAAUACACUAAGGUCACGAUUUAAUACGCGAUUCUAUUUUAAAAAAUAAAUAAAAUUUGGGUGGGGGGUGAGUUAAAAAAAGGCAUUGUGCUAGCAAAAACUGGACUAUUUAGUACACGAUACAUAUUUUUAUAAUCAUGUUUGAGGUUAUAGACUUAACAUUCUGUGAUAUAAACCAAAAAUUAAUUUACAAAAUGUUUUUUUAAAAAAAUACGUGUAGCAGAAUUAUGAAAAUUAAGUUGAGGAAAUGAACUUGCUGUCUGUUCAUGAACUACAACAGGAAUGUAAAAAUGAAGUAAAAACGUUAUAUUGGUCAUAUCAGAAACUACCGCUGGGGACAGGUUUCACUCGCAAUGUGUUUUUUUUUCCAGUGCCAUGUCCACAUAAUUUACUUUUU